AUGGGUGUCGAACUCCAAGGAAAUGGCCCUGGAGAGCCACCCAUGAAUCCUGCCCUGGCCGUUCCUCUUUUCGCCGUAGGAGGAUUCGUCACUGUCCUAUUUUUUUGGAGAACGAUCAUUCGUAUUCGACAUCGUCGCCGGUCAGAAUCAGCUCGGCAGGUAGACGAUCAGACCCGGCUGUCGCAGACCACUAGCUUGAAUGCAAGCUUAAAGAAGCAUGUGUUCUACGCUCCCGUUUGUGGCGCCCGCCACAGCCGAGAGUUCAGGCUAUUCAGGCACCACAUGGGAACUAUCCCCUUGCGGCUAGAAGUGAUCCUGCUGGUGAUCUACCUCUUGCUGAACUUCAUUUUCGUCGUUGUGAUGGUGGAUUGGUGGAAAGAUUUUUCCGAGAAAAUGUUUCAACUCAAGUAUGCUGCUGGCCACUUGGCCGUGAUGAACACGCCAGGCUUGGUUUUGAGCGCAGGCCGAAACAACCCGUUGAUCCAAAUGCUCGGACUUCCCUUCGAUACCUUCAAUUUUAUGCAUCGUUGGGUCGGUCGCGUUAUCGCAGCGAAUGCCGUGGUACAUAUGAGCGCGGUUCUGGCAAAUCAGGCCCACAUGCACGGAAUCGACUAUAUUCUUUACACAAUCUGGCAGAUGCCCUUUUAUAUUUACGGCCUCGUGGCAAUCCUUGGCUUUAUUUUCAUCGUUUUACAAUCAUUGUCGCCGGUCCGACAUGCAUUUUAUGAGCUUUUCCUUCAUCUUCACAUUGCCUUGGCCGUCAUGUCGUUCGUGGCGUUGUGGUAUCACCUCAAGAACUUGUUGCAACAACGGGUCUUGUUGGGUACUCUGAUUCUCUGGGGCCUCGACCGCGUGGGUCGACUCGGAGUUCUAAUUUGGCGCAAUUGUGGAAAGCGACGUACCACUGCGACUGUAGUAGCCCUUCCAGGCUCUGUUGCACGUGUCGAUGUCGAAGUCUCUCGGGCAUGGAAGUUUCGGCCUGGCCAGUACAUGUACCUGUAUCUUCCAUGUCUGGGACUGUGGACAUCUCAUCCCUUCACAGUCGCAUGGUCUUCUACCGGGUCGGACUCGUCGAGUUUUGCCGAGAAGCGCAGUCUAAGCGAUUCACUUGCCUCGCUUAUCGGCGUAUCGGAAAAAACCACGAUGUCAGUCCUGAUCAAAGGUCAGGACGGCUUUACGAAGAAGCUUCUCCGAAAGGUCGAAGACUCACCUGAUGGAAGGAUCAAGGCGACGGCUUUGGCCGAAGGACCGUUCGGGGGCAUUCAUUCACUUGCAUCCUACGGAACUCUGCUUUUGGUCGCAGGUGGAAUCGGGAUUACUCACCCAAUUUCCUAUUUGCACGAGGUAGUCACCAACUUUGCCUCUCGAAAGACAGCAACAAGGAAGGUGCAUCUCGUGUGGAUGAUCCGUAACUUAGAUCACCUCGCAUGGGUUCAGACGUGGAUGGCGGAAAUCUUCGGCCAUGAUUCACUAAACAGCACCGUCAAUUUUAAGGGAGAUACGUAUUACCAAAUCCCGGGCCUGUUGCUCUCCAUCAGCAUCCAUGUGACUGGUCACAAGGAUGAUCUCGAAGCAUUUACUGUCGCGCCAGAUACAACGUGGGCCGACAGCGCACCAUCUAAUGUACCUGUGACCAUUCACUAUGAGAGGCCUUCUUUCAGAACUCUCCUCGAGAAUGAGAAAGCGGAACAGGUCGGUGCAUUGGCAGUCAGUGUAUGCGGUCCAGGUAGUCUUGGGGAUAGUGUCAGGGACGCUGUCCGCCAUGUUCAAGGCGAGAAAACAGUUGAUCUGUUCGAGGAGACUUUCUCGUGGUGA